AUGUCCGACAACGGGGACGUCGAGGUCGCCGCCUUCCCUGUCCUGCCCAAGGAGGUUCUGGCCGAGCAGGGCAGCAUCAAGCUGUUCAACAAGUGGAGCUACGAUGAUGUCGAGAUCCGGGAUAUUUCCCUGACCGACUACAUCCAGAUCCGCUCCCCCGUCUACCUCUCCCACUCUGCCGGUCGCUAUGCCGCCAAGCGUUUCCGCAAGGCUCAGUGCCCUAUCAUCGAGCGUCUCACCAACUCUCUCAUGAUGAACGGCCGCAACAACGGAAAGAAGCUUCUGGCCGUUCGCAUCGUCGCCCACGCUUUCGAGAUUGUUCACAUCAUGACCGACCAGAACCCUCUCCAGGUUGCCGUUGACGCCAUUGUCAACUGCGGUCCCCGUGAGGACUCCACCCGUAUCGGUAGCCAGGGUACCGUCCGUCGCCAGGCCGUCGAUGUGUCUCCCCUCCGUCGCGUGAACCAGUCUAUCUCUCUGCUCACCAUCGGUGCUCGCGAGGCCUCUUUCCGCAACAUCAAGAGCAUUGCUGAGUGCCUUGCUGAGGAGCUGAUCAACGCCGCCAAGGGUUCUUCCAACUCCUACGCUAUCAAGAAGAAGGAUGAGCUCGAGCGUGUUGCCAAGAGCAACCGGUAA